AUGAUAUUUUUAUUAUGUAUUAUUGGGAUAGCACUAUCAUCAGUUCACAUUAACAAACAUGGUAAUUUUGUUGAUGAUGUAAAAACAAUAUUAAUAUAUAGACUGGAGCAAUAAGAAUAUUCCAUGGGUUUAAUGUAGUCUAUAAACCACCUCCUUAUUUUCCAAUAACUGAUCAUUUUGACGUAAUGACAUCAUUCUCUGAUGAAGACUGUUAACUCUUAAUAUCAUUAGGGUAAUUGAAAUUAAUAUGAUCUUUUUUAGAUUUAAUGUUAUUAGAUUACAUGUAGCAUUUGAAGCGGGAAUGCCUUAAAGAGGAAUAAUAAAUGAUGAAUACUUAUUGCAUAUUAGAGAUAUUGUAAGAAUGGCUGCUAAAUAUAAUAUCUAUGUUAUUCUUGAUGCUCAUUAAGACUUAUUAAAUAGAUAGUUCUGUGGAGAAGGAUUUCCAGAUUGGGCUGUCACUAAAAUUGAUUUUCCAGCUCCAUAAAAUAUUUAAUUAAGAUUAGAUGAAUAAGGAUAUCCAUUAAUAGAAGAUUGUCUUAAGUAAGAUAACUUUGCUAAAUUUUAUUUAACUUCAGAUGUUGGCAGAAAUUUAGAAUCAAUUUUAAAAAAUGAAAAUGGUGUAGCUGAUAUGUUUGGAUUAUUUUGGAAAAGGGUUGCUGAAUUACAUAAAACUGAAUGGAAUGUAUUAGGAUAUGAAAUUAUGAAUGAACCUGCUUCUGGAAAUUAUUAAAGAAACAAAUUUUAAUAUUUAUGGCCAGGAUGGGCUAAUAAACAUUUAAUCAUGCCAUUCUAUUAAAUUAUUAAUAAAUAUAUAAGACAAGCUGACACUGAAAAACUUGUUUUCUUUGAACCUUAUUUCACAGAUGUUUUAGGAGGUGGAUUCAGACAUAAUGUAGGUGGUAGAAAAUAUUAAAAGAAGGAAGUUUUGAGUUAUCAUCUUUAUUGUGGAAUAGGUAUUUAUAUAUCUAUUAUCUAAAGAAAAUGUUUCAAAAUUCCUUUGCAAACAAUUAUACAAUUUAAUGUAUCCAUUAAAGAAAUUAAACAUCAAUCAUCUUGGUACAGGAGCCAUGCUUACUGAAUUUGGAGCUUUACCAAAUCAACCUUUUGCUAAAGAUAUACUUAAUAGUUUAUUGUAUAAAGCAGAUAAAUAUUUACAAUCUUGGGCUUAUUGGUAAUACAAAGGAUAUAAUGAUUUCACUACAGCCUCAAAUAUGUAUGAUGAAGGAAUUUUCAAUUAGGAUGGAUCACUUUAAAAUUAUAAAAUCGAAGCUUUAGUAAGACCCUAUGCUUAAUAAAUUUGUGCAUCUAAAGUUCACUAUUCAAAGUUUAAUUCAAAAAAAUAAGAAUUUACUUUGAAAUAUGAUUCCAAUAAAAAAUGCGAAACUGUAAUUUAUAUCCCAAAUAUAAAUGCUUUUCAAAGUAAAUUUAAAUUUGUUUGCAAAUCUAAGAAAGGAAAUUGUUAAUUACAAUACUUAGAUAACAACAGGUAUAGAGUGGAAAACGCUUCUGGUCGUGUUAAAUUGCUCAUAUCAGCAAUGAAUAUUAAUAAAUGAUAAUUAUUUUUAAUUACCUAAUCUCAAUUGUGCUAUGUGAAUUUCAGAAUGGAUAUUAUAUAGAUAAAAAUCAAACAGUUAAAAUAUUUCAUGGAAUCAAUCUUAAUGACUAUCCUCAAACAAAUAUAAAUGAAGAGGAUUUUAUUGCACUUUCAAAAAUUGGAUUCAAUCUAAUUAGAAUUUCUGUUUUUUUUGAUCAACUUAUUCCUAAUUAACCUAUAUCUUUAUAAAAUGUUACUUAUAAUUCUUCAUACUUAACUACUUUAUAAAAAAUUGUACAAUUAGCAAAUUAACAUAAUUUUUAUGUUAUUUUUGUUGCAGAUCAUUUAUUAUUAAAUAGAUAAUUCUGUGGUUAUGGAUUUCCAGAUUGGGCUAUUUAAAGGUUAAACUUUCCACUUCCUUAUGAUAAUUCAGGAAAAUUAAAAUUCGAUCUGUAUCCAAAUAAAGAUCAAUGUGCAACAAAUUUUAAUUCUUUUAUUAAAACUGAUGAUGUUGGAAAUAAUUUUGAAAAUCUUUAUAAAAAUGUAAAUAACUUAACUGAUUUUUUUGGAUUAUUUUGGUAAAAAAUAGCAGAAAAAAUGAAGAAUGAAGAGAAUAUAAUAGGAUAUGAUAUUCUAAAUAACCCAUCAUGUGGUAAUUACUAUAAAACAUAUUAUUAAUGUAUUUGGCCUGGAUGGAAUAAUAGAUAAAUGAUAAUGCCUUUUUAUUAGAAAAUCAAUUCAUAUAUAAGAAAUGUGGAAAAAAAUAAGAUUGUAUUCUAUUAGACUCAAGAUACUGAUUUUAUUGGAUCAGGAUUUGAUAAUAAUAUAAAUGGAAGUGACUACCAUAAAAGGGAAUCUUAUAGUUAUAGGAUCACUUAUUCAUCAGAAUAUUUCAAAUAAUUGGCAACAAAUUUGAAUUACUAUUCAAUGUGGUUGGAAUCUCGUGUUGGUAAACAUGCUUAAGUAUCAACAUUUCUAGCUGAAUUUAGUGGUAAUGAUGAUUAUUUAAUAAGCAGAAUUCUUGAUUAUGCAGAUUUUUUCUAGUCUUCUUGGUAAAUAAAUUAUUUAUUAAUUUAAGGACAUACAAGGGAAGUAUAUCAUAAGCACUAAAUUUGACUGAAUUGAAAAGACCAUAUGCUCAAUCAAUUUGUGCUGAACAAGUUUUGCAUCAUUAAUACGAUUCAAUUAAUUCAAUAUUUAAAUUGCAAUUCACAAUUAAAAAUGAGUGUUCUACACUUUUAUUUAUACCUUUUGAUUAUGGGUAUUCAUGUACCAAUUGUAUUUUGAGAUUUCAUGAUAAACGAAUUUUUGAAAUUAAAUUAACAACAAAUUUAUAAUCAAAGAAAGUAAAUUUAAUUUUGUGGAAGAAGUUAACAUGA